AUGCCACCUCCUAUGCCACAUCCAAAUAUGAUGGGAGGUAAUCCACACUAUGCCGAAGGUGGAGAAGCCGAUAAGUACAAUCUUCAGUUCAGUGACCGCACAAUUCGUGCAGCAUUCGUACGAAAAGUCUUCUUUUUGGUGGCUAUCAUGCUUGGCGUAGUAGCCUUGAUGACUGCGGUCCCAUUU